GUGAAAACGGUGCUAGUUGUUCCAGUAAAGCAGCUGUUCGCUCGAGUAAGGGCAGAGAGUUAGCGAAAUGGUUUCGCUGCUGCCAAGAGGAGUUCUAGGCUGUUGCCAUGGAUUGCUCUGUUGCAACAAUAGACAGACAGCACUGGGAGCCCUCCACAAGCUGCUCUCUAUACCUCAAAACAGAACAUACCAUGAGGUGACUGGGGAUAUAAUCUGCCCUUCUAUGGUACAAGGCAUUGAUCACCUCAGAGAUCCAAGACUGAACAAGGGUCUUGCAUUUACACUGCAGGAAAGACAACAACUAGGUAUCCAUGGUUUAAUGCCAGCAAGAUUCAAGACCCAAGAAGAACAGCUGGAACUAUGCAAAACAAGUGUGGAGAGGUACCAAGAAGAUCUAAACAAAUAUCUCUACCUUGUAGAGUUACAGGACCGUAAUGAACGCCUGUUUUUCCGUCUUCUUGCGGAGAAUGUGGAACAGAUGAUGCCAAUUGUAUAUACUCCCACUGUUGGCCUAGCUUGUCAGAAGUUUGGUCUCAUCUACAGGAGACCUAGAGGACUCUUUAUUACCAUUAAUGACCGAGGACAUUGUUUUGAUGUCCUUAAAAAUUGGCCAGAACCCGAUGUCCGUGCCAUUGUUGUGACCGAUGGAGAAAGAAUUCUUGGUCUGGGAGAUUUAGGUGCAUGUGGCAUGGGCAUUCCUGUGGGUAAGUUGGCCCUAUACACAGCCCUGGCAGGCAUCAAGCCACAUCAGUGUUUGCCCAUCACUCUCGAUGUGGGCACAAACAACCAGCAACUCUUGGAUGAUCCCCUAUAUGUUGGGUUGCGUCACAAACGAGUUACAGGUGCUGCUUAUGAUGACUUUAUUGAUGAAUUUAUGGAAGCUGUCGUCAAAAGAUAUGGACAGAAUACUCUGAUUCAGUUUGAAGACUUCGGAAAUCACAAUGCUUUCCGUUUCUUGGAUAAGUACCGAGACCAGUAUUGCACAUUUAAUGAUGACAUCCAGGGAACAGCAUCAGUAGCUGUUGCUGGUCUUUUGGCAUCUCGCCGUAUUACACACAAUCACUUGUCUGACAACAAGUUCCUCUUUCUGGGAGCGGGAGAGGCAGCAAUAGGGAUUGCAGACUUGACAGUAAAAGCUAUGCAGGCUGAGGGAACAUCUGUGGAGGAUGCCAGGAACAAAAUUUGGAUGGUGGACAUUGAUGGACUCCUGGCUAAAAAUAGGCCAGAAGGCAAACUUGAAGGUCACAAAAAGUUUUAUGCCAAGGACCACGCGGUGAUGAAGGAUCUUAGAGAAAUUGUAAAAGAAAUAAAGCCAUCGGUUUUGAUUGGUGCAUCUGCUGCGGGAGGAGCAUUCACACCAGAGAUCCUCCGUGACAUGGCAUCCUUCAAUGAACAUCCUAUCAUCUUUGCCCUGAGUAACCCAACAAGUAAGGCAGAAUGCACAGCAGAGCAAGCCUAUGUAAAUACUGAUGGAAGAUGCAUUUUUGCUAGUGGAUCUCCAUUUCCUCCUGUUACACAUAAUGGUAAAACAUAUUAUCCUGGGCAAGGAAACAAUGCAUACAUUUUCCCUGGUGUGGCUCUUGGAGUCAUUUGCACUCGUAUUCAUCACAUUCAAGAAGAGUUGUUCCUCAUUGCUGCUCAGACCCUGGCUGAUCAUGUGGAUGAAGGGGACAUCAAAAAAGGCAGCCUCUACCCUCCCCUGCGAAUGAUAAGAGAGUGUUCAGUCAAGAUUGCAACACGAAUUGCACAGUAUGCCUAUGAGAAAGGUUGGGCAUCAACAUAUCCAGAGCCAGAUGACAAGCGGACUAUAGUGGAAGCAGCAAUGUACAACCACAAUUAUGACUGUCCCCUGCCUGCUGUAUAUCCAUGGCCUGAGCUGCCUACACUGAAAAACGUUAAGAUAGAGAAGACUAGUAAGGCUAGCAGUAGGGAAAUUUAAAAAAAAUAUGGACUAGUCCUGUUUUGUUCCACAACCGUGUACUCUUUGUCACUUCUGCUGUCUUCUGCAGCAGUAAAUAUGAUAACAAAGGUAUACUUAGGGGCCACCAACUCAACAACCAAUAUUAAAAUGUUUAAUAUUCAGGUUAUUUUAUUUUCAUCACAGUACGUGUUUUGAUCUGUCUAGGUCAUCAUCAGUUGAUUUUUAUGUAUUACAUAUGUCAUUACUGAAUUAUUAAAAUGAAUCGUUUUUUUUACAUUUUUCGGUAACAUGAUGAAUAAAAAAAACUCCAUGGAUUUAGUCCAUAAGUGAACUACACCAACAUGAUGAUCCAAAUUUUAAGUUUAAGUUUUGUAUGGAAUACGUUACAAAAUUUAAAAUUGAAGUUUAAACCAUAAUAUUACUGAAAAAUAUAAAAAAUGGUUCAAUUGCAACAAGUCAGUAAUGACAUACGUAAUUCAUAAGAACCAGCUGAUGAUAAUCUUGAUAGAGUGAAACCUGUAGUGGGAUGAAAAUAAAAUAACCCAGUAUUAAACAUUUUAAUAUUGGUUUAUAAUCAGUUGUUGUAUCAAUGGCCCUUGAGUAUACCUUUGUUAUGUGAUACACAAUAGGAUGCAGAAAAUAAAGUAAACAGGAUGUUCUCACUAUUAAUAUACCAUACUGAAAUACAUUUAAAAAUUAAAUAUCUGUUGUAAUACAGCAAACUUCAGGAUGUAAUUCUUCAUGUCAAGGUUAUAAUAAUACCAUGGAGAAUUCUGGCAUUUACAUCGUAAUGUUCUUUCGCAAUAUGAAACAACUGAAUGCUCAUAACCAACAUAAAUGUUUUGUUAAUUUUAAACAUAAAACUCUCUAAUUGUUUAAUUAUCUGUUGUAUGUCUUCAAAGCAUUACUCUUGCGCAUGUGUUACUCUUGAUCUUCCGUGUCAUUUAAGUUUCACAUUCUAUUAUUUGGAGAUAUUUUUCCAUAUUCUUUUGGUUUUGUAUUUACUAACAAAUAUAUCAGUCUAACAUUCUCUGGCGAUAAAUUGUUAAUAGUGAAGUGUGUAAAUGUUCAGGAUUCUUCUUUGAACAUGAUAAUGAAUAGUGAAUUGAUAUUGUAACAAUAUCAUAUUUCCUUCAGUGUUAUGUAUCUUAUGCAGGAGUACGUAAUGAUGAUACCGGCAAAUAUUCUUCAGACCUUGCCUAAAUUGUAGCCAUGGCAGCAGCACAUACUCUGUUCAUUAUAAAAGAAUUAUGGUCUGUUGAAAUCUUGUUCUGGUGAUAUCUGCAGUGUUUCACGUGAAGUAAUGUUACAGUAUUAUUAUGAACAGAAGUCACACUAUUCCUAGAGUAUUUUUACAAUUGAAAGAUCCAGUGCAAAAAUGGAGUGACUCCAGCUCUGGCCGAAAUUUAGUUUUACAUUGAUUCAUGUGCAUAAAAGAAUUGCCAAUUUUAUUGGUGGAAGAACUGAAUAGCUCAAAUGAUCAGUUACAGUGAAAAUGGAGCCAUGCUAUAAUGUGGUUAUAAAUAUGUUUUUAAACAUGUCUCCCCCCAAAAAAGUUUGUUAAAGUGGAAUCACAUCCCAUUUGCACUGCACCAUUCAGUUAUUAAAAGCUAAGAAAGCUUUGUGCAAGUUAAUGGAAUUAUUUCAGUAUUAUUGAUUUUAGUCAUUGAAUUUUUUACUAAUAAGAAACAUUUAUAGUUAUUGCUGCCACAGAAAGAUAAUUUAUUUGCUUUAAUCUAUACAUAUCGAUUUAUCAGUUUGUUAAUUUAUAAAAAUCAGUUUACUAAUUGUACUAUUGAAUUGAACAUGGCUCUUAUAAACAGGUAACAUCAUCUACAAUUGUUUCAUGCAAAUACAUAAUGUGUAACAGAAACACCACAAAAUAUAAUUUCUUAGGGAACACUAUAAGAAAUUUUGCCACUUGCUUGAAAUGGAGAUCAUUGUUUGAAUUAUUAUUAUUUUUUAUCUUUACAGUAAUUUUAAAUGAGAUUACAUUUUUUGUUGCAUAAUUUAUAACUUACAUAAACUACCUAUGUUUAAAAUAUAGAUUCAGUUUCCUUGCUUUUAGUGUAAAACUUGUUAGCCAUGCUCUUAUUUCGCAUAACAGGAGCAUGGUAAGCAGAUUUAAUUUUUAAGAUGCUGUGUAACUGUGUGGCUGUUUUUAAAGGCAAAUAAUGAACAUUACAUUCAGCAUGAAUUUAACAGUAUACUAAUUUCUUAGAAUUAGCAACUGAAGGAUCGUGUCAUAACCUUGGAAUUUGUUGUUAUGUGUACAUAAAUUUGUAUAAUAUAUGAAGGAGAAACUGAGAUCCUAGGAAGAGGAUAAAUAGCAGUUAACAGUGACCACACACACAGAACUGGCAUUAAUGUGGGUCAUGCCUUUCCAGUUCGUUACUUGGUUUUCAAACCUCAUCUGGCCCAUGUCCCCAGGAAAAUUGACAUAGUUUUUUUUGUCUAAUUUAAUAGGAAAGUUAACUGAAAGCAAGUGAAACCAAUUAGAUUAGCCUAAUGAAAUUUAAAUACUGUAAAGAUCAAUGUUAAAGAUUCUUCAUUGAAAAUGGAGUGUUGCCUGAAUUUUGUGUAGGCGUAAAAUUCACAAUAAUUUACCACCUGACCUCUAUGCAGUAUCUUGGCUGAACAGAUAAACAGGGAGACUGAAAAACCGUACAGAGUUUUAUUAUCUCUGAUUAGUAUUUAUUGAACACCUUAAGAAUAUGUAAAGAGAGUGUAUUAUUAGUGUAGGAUGCUCUGAUGUUAAUUUUAAAACUAUAGUUUCAUAUUUAUUGUUAUUAUUAUUUAGCUCAUAGAUUACUUCUGAAUAUUUCAAAUAAAUAUCCCACCACAGCUGAGGUUAAGUUUACAGUUGACAUUUUAUUAGUUUUAAGAAAAUGACAGUAGAUAUAUGUAGCUUGUUGAGAGUACAAGUAUGCACCAGUGUAUCUCUCAUUAGCUUGCCAAGUUCUCUGUGUGAUCAUUUUACUUCACAUAUCUUUAUUAUGCAUGCAGUUAUAUAGAAUCCCAUUCUUGUCAGUUUAUGGAGAAAAUAAAAGUAUUGACUUUUAUAAA